GUGACGGAAACGUAACACCGGAACCUGGUCGGAGGCGAGACGCGCGGCGCGUAAAAAGUGAAGUUGCAAAACAUAGGGCCCGGCGGUACGUGGCGCCGGCAUAAGUCAUCUAACCUAUCCACGUGUGUACAGAUCGAUAAACGGCGCCGCUGCCUUUAUUAUAACGCUCACAUUUUACACUGAGAGAAUAAAGAGGGAAGUCGCACACCGGUAGAUCCGAAACUGUUUCCCGCGAGAUGGACGACUAGAAGAACUACAAGGGAACACUACAUUUCGUUUUUCAAGCUAGCGUAUGCCACAAAACUUAGCUAUAUUCCAGGUAUAUUUCCAGACACGCUCAUACUUCACUGGUAACUAUUAGCGGCGAAGCAAUAAGUUAUUAGUGUCUGCUGUAAAGCAUUCCGGUGGGUUUAUUAACACACACAGGCAGGUUAGUACCAUGGACAGAGAGUGCGUGUCGCUGCUGCCCCGGGUCUUUGAGGUGCUGGUGGACUCAGGGAGGUCUCUGCCCGAUGACACCAGCCUGGAGAAAUUGCUGGACUGGUUCACAGGGCACACCAAGGCUGGGGGAUCUCUGCUGGAGGCGUACCCAUGUCUGCUUGAAUUCAUAUCCACUGCGACUAACAAAACCUCAUCGGACCCCGGUGUCAUCUCCUUCGCUCUCAAACUCUCCGGCUUAAUAGCUGCCACUGAGGACGGCUUCAGUUUGCUUCAGGAGUGCUCCGUUCUGGACCUUGCCUUUAACCAUCAGCGCUGGCAUGAAGCAGGGCUUUGGGAGGAUCCCUGUAUACGGAUCGGCUGGAUCCAGGGCUUAAGGAGCAUGCUGCAGCACUCAAAUGCUCUCAGUUUCUUUGUACAAGCAGAUUUCAUUGCGCCGCUCCUACAGCUCCAGACAGACACGAGUCUAUUUGUUGCCUCAGCUGCCAAUCAAAUGCUCGCCCACAUCCUGCUCUCCUUUCAGCCACCGUCUUCUGCAGGAUGUAACGGCGUAGAUAAGAAACACGGGGAUGACAAGAGGACAGAAACUCCCACCGCAGACGCAGAGCAUCCAGGCGUCACCAUGGAAACCAGCCAGGAUUACACCGCUGUUGUCGUGGCAAUCUCGGAGUACCUCAAGGAGUCGCUGGUUCCCAAAGAAAACACGCGGCUCCAUCAGAGUCUGCAGAUCCUCAAACUGCUGGCCCUGCUCCUGGCCCAGGCCAGGCCUCCUCUCCGGGACAAGCUGCUCCGGACAGUCGCAGACUCUCUGGAGGAACUGGUGACAGCAGGCUACAGUCAACUCACACUGCCUCUGAUGGACAUCAUUCUGGCUGCAUACAGCAGCUCCAGCACUGGUGAAUGUGUCCCAGACCAACUUGUCACCCAUCUUCUAUCAUCCAUGUUGAACGUGAACAAACCCUCGGACCUGAUUCAUGCUGCAGCUGCUUUUUUCCGCAGAGGCCGUCCGGACACUGUCCACACAGCCCGGGCUGUGAGAAUACUGCUGCUGCCCCUCAACAUCAUAACUGGCCAGACUCUACUGGGCACAAACACUGCAGUAGAAGAGCAUCAGUUUACAAUGGUAGAGCAGCUGAAGAGUAAGACCCCCUGCAUCUCUAUGAUCUGUGUCUGUCUGACAAACACACCAAAGGUCACACUCAUGCCUCCUGACUUACUGCCCUGUCCUCCAGUUUUAAUUGUCACUGCAGUUCUGUCAUUGUUAAGGAUCUGCAGUGGCGACUCUCCCUCCUCGUCCACUGGCUGUCCUGAGGUUUUCAGGAAUGUAAUCGGCAGUGGCAAAGUUCAGAAAUGUGCUCUAGAGGCUCUGACAGGUCUCAGCAGCAGCCCAGGAGUGAAAGACAAGCUGAUUGAGGUGUUCACAGUUCUGAUACAAUAUCUGGACAAUCCUGACUCUGACCCCACUGUACUACACAAGUCCUACCAGGCCUUAGUAAAGUGGAUGAGUGUGUGUAAAGACCUCUCCUCUAUAACAGACAAUCUCAGACAAGAUCUCAUCGAGGUAGUGAAGAAACGUGUGUGCCACAUGCGUUGGGAGGUGAGAGACUCAACUGUGGAGUUUCUGGGAAAGCUGUCAGGUGUCCUGACAUCAGCCGAGGAGGGGGCGUGCGAGUCGUCGGCGGCUCUGCUGGCCGGCUGCUGUAGCGCUCCCCUCCUCAGGGCGGCGCUGCAGGAUCCAGAGAGCUAUGUGAGAGCCAGUGCCAUCUCCGCACUGGCACGGACCUCGGCAAACAGCUGGCGGCGCGGGGCAGCACUCACACAGGAGCAGACUGACACAGUGAGCCGGCUGCUUGAAAUUCUCUCCCAGGACACAGAGGGAUUCGCCAGGAGGGCAGUUGUGCGAUAUUUCAUCGCCUGGUUUUCUUCACGCUCCUCACACACGUCUCCGUUGUCACGUACCUCCUCGUCCUCCUCUCUCCUGAUGAGCUCUGUGAGCUCCGUGCUCUCUCUAGGCAGUGCGGAUCUGGACUGGGAGGUCAAAGUUCACACUUUGGAGUUGGCUGAGCUACUGCUGGAUGAAGCCUUCUCAGGUCACCCGGGUUACAGGAAGGGCUCAGACACACGUCACGGCCUACCAAACCCGUACGCUGUGGUUUCUGAUCAGAAUCACACGCUUCACACACACAGUGGGACACACGCAAAGGGUGUGGAGUCAGAUUUGGCCGGUGUGUUAAACAAUGUGGUCGAGCAGGGAGUCAUCUCAGCAUUGUUGAGCAGUUUGGUUGACUGCGACAGACCUGUGGGGCUGAAGGCCUGUCAACUCCUGAUCACACUCAGAGAAACAGUCUGCCCUCUGUCGCUGGAGGCCUCGGAUGCAACUGCUGCCAUGGCAACAGUGGCCAGGGUGUCCUGUGAACUGCCCGGAUGGGGCUGGGGGCGGGAGCUCAGAAAAACACUGGGGAUGGAGAAGUGCGAUCAGGCUAAAGAGGCAGACGUCUCUGCUCAGGGACGUUUCAGUGGAGCAGAUGUGGUUGCUUCUGAGGGCUGUGGUGAGAUGGGACAGGCGGGCGUGAGCGAGGGAGGCGGCAGUGCGCGUGUUGGUGUGUGCGAGGUGUUGAGGUCCCUGGGUUUAGAUGCGAGGCUGGCCAUCCUGAAUCAAAGCAGUGACCACGUCCAUAACUCUCCCCUCUCUCUGCUGCAGGACAUACUGACUGCGAGUGCUGCACACGCUCAUCCAGACACACAACCAGGCCAAGAAGUCAUAGUGGACUGUUACUGACACACACACACACAUUUUUAUUUUUAUAUAUAUAUAUGAGUGUUUUUAUGAAUAUAAGCAGGUAUCUUAGGAAACAACAUGAUCAGUAAUUUUUGACUUUGCAAAAAAUUGCGAUGGACAAUAUAUUCAUCCAUAAGCCAACUGAUUAAAAUCUCAGCAGUUUGGAGAAUUUCUAAACUUUUGAUAUUACAAUUCCAUUGAAUACCGAGCGGGGAGUUGUUGAUCUUUGUUGGCUUUUUCAUGGUAUAAUGUUGAAUGUCUAUUGAUUUUUGAAUAUACAUUGAUACAAGGCAGCACCAUUUGUCUUUACUUCCAGCGGAGGGCAGUCACAGCUCACCAGUAGAGUUCUGCACAGGCCUUUAAAGUGAGACCUUACAAGACCUGAACCCGUUUCUUUUCAGCCCAACCUGACUGAACCCAAAAUCUAUAAUUUUGCCUUUUUCAUCCAUUGCUCACCAUUAGCUCGCCAGGCAGAUUCACCUCUAGCCUAUUUUGUGCUGCCCGCUGGGCAUCCACACACGGGUGGAGACAACUGGCGCAGUCGCACUAAAUCCACAGUGGCCACGGAGCGAAAGCAACACAUUAGCGGUGGAGCAGCAGCAGCUUCAUUCCCACGCGGCUGAUGUAGAAAGCUGUGUUGAUUUAAAAAUGAAGCCUAUUUGUUUCAACACGUGCGUGAGAUGGAUAACUAAAAAACACAGUUGAAAGGUGUCUAAUGUAGACAGUAAGAAAGAGAAAAAUAAAACCUUGAUACCUCAGAUUUGAAAAUAACCAAACGUGUACUUAUUUUGUUGGCACCUUUGUCAGGUAGCAGAACUCGCCAAACUCUCAUAUUACCAUUAUUAUCGUGUCUCUUACACAAUGAUUAACAGCUCAAUCAGAACAGCAUUCAGUUCUACUGAGAUCUGUAACCUCGUCUGCCUAAUUUUCUAUGCACACAUUCA